GGGCCGGCCCGGAAGCCUGGUGCCGGGCGGCGGCUGCGGGUGGCGGAGCCGUUCCGGGGGAUGGAGGCUCCGGAGCCCCUCCCGGCCCCGCAGCUGGUGGCGGCGGCUCGGGAGGCGCUGGGGGCCGGGAGCGGGCGGAGGCGGCGGCGGCUGCCGGCUUCCCGAGCCCUGCAUCUGGCCGGGGAGGUGCUGGCGGUGGCGGCGGGGUUGAAGCCGGCGCUGCUGUACGACUGCGGCGCCGAGGGCCCCGCCGAGCUCCGGCGCUACCUGGAGCGGCUGCGGGAGGCCGGGCUGGCCCCGCACCGCCUGCACCUGCUGGCAGCCGGGGGCUCGGCGCUGCUGCUGCACCCCGGUGGGGCCCGGAGGCGGCUGGAGGCAGCGCUGCGAGCCCGGCCCGGGCCCUUCGUGGACGUGGCGGCGGCGAGGGGCAGCCCCCAGCUGUGCGGGCCGGCACAGGCCCAGGCCAUCAGGGGCCACCUCGCCGCCUUGCUGGCCCACUUGGUGGCCGCCGAGGAAGCCUCCUCUGGCCCCAUCUCCUGCAGCGAGGUCGUCGCCACAGGCUGGAACCUCUGCACCGUGUUCGGGGUGCUGCUGGGCUACCCGGCCGCCUACCACUUCCCCGUGGAGGAGGGCGGCGAGAACUGCCUGGCGCUGAGGCCGCUCAGGGUGUUCACGGUGCGGGCACGUUGUCCCCGCAUCCAGGACGGGCUCGGGGUGCAGAUCUACUCCUUCAGCAUCCCCGAGAGCCUCAGUGAGGAGCUGCGGGAGGUGCUGGACGCCUGGUGCGAUGACCUGAGGGACAGUUUCCGCGCACAGAGUGACUUUGUGGACCUCUGCAUUUCGAGCGAGGUGGUGUCGCUGCCGGCGGUUGCCUUAUAACACGAACACACACUGACUUUCCACCGUAUGCCUCUUGUGCCUCAGGGAGCGAGGUGAGAAUCCUCACCGAGAGGCUCCCGAGAGGCCCCGAGCACUGGGGGCUGCGCUGUGGCAGCUUGGUUCCCAAACUGCUCAGGCCAGUUGCUGCAAGUCCGUGCACAUCCCAAAUCUGUGGGAUCCACAGCCUGGAUCCUGACUGUGCUCUGUCAGGUAUAUUUAUUUUCUGCAAACAACUGGAGAUUAAUAAAAAAUGAUAACACCACAUUUUUAUAAAAAAACAAACAAAACUUUA